AUGAGUCGAGUUCCAUUUGCGCAACUGGUAAAGCUUAUAUAGAAAGAAGAAUCUGAAAGGCUAGUCACAAACAUUAUUGAAGAAUCUUUAUCUGACGCAACUUACCAAGAAGAUAGAGUAGAGUCUUGGUGCAGCAACAUUCCCCAAGCCAUUAUCAGGAAUCUUCAUGAGUUUAACAAAGGUUUUAAGUUUUGCGCUACAUGUGUGAUUACGAGGAAAAACUCAAGCUCGCUCCAUAUAAAUUCAACCUGCUUAUGGAAUCCUUCACUCGAUGGAUUUAUCGUUGUUAAAUGGGAAAAUGCAACAAUGCAUUGCAUAAUUAACGUAUUCGCAAUUGCUCUUUAUCAUAAGUUUCUAAUUAAGAUAGCCCUAAUUUCAUUCAAUAAUUAUGAAUUAUAG